AUGGCGGAGUGGGAGAGGGAUCUAGCAGCGUGCAACAGAGGGGAGGUGACGCCUCAGCAGCUGGUGGAGAAGAGGGAGAGGCCGCGGGAGCAGGAGCCUGCUCCUGAUAUUCUUAUGCCGCUGCUGCCGUUUCAGAAGGAAUGGCUUGCGUGGAGCCUCAAGCAGGAACAAGGACCCAUUAAGGGCGGCAUCUUAGCGGACGAGAUGGGCAUGGGGAAGACCAUCCAAGCCAUCUCCCUUAUAGUCACCAGCCGUCACCUACAGUCACACGCCCCUGCUGUCACCCCAGUGCUGCCUCAGCCACUGCCACCAUCAACAGCCGCUGCUCCUGCUGAUGUCGCUGCACAAGCCACGGCUGGCGGUCCAGGUUCAUCCGGGGGAGGUGCAUCUGAGGCAGAGAGGCGAGCAGUGAAGGCAACGCUGGUGAUCUGCCCGCUUAUCGCAGUGCUGCAGUGGCGGCAGGAGAUUGCUCGCUUCACGCGCCCAGACAGUGUCAAGGUGCUGGUGUAUCAUGGGCCUAAGAGAGCCAUUAGCGUGAAGGAUUUAGAGGAGUAUGACGUGGUUCUAACCACAUUCUCCAUUGUGGAGGCUGAAAUGCGGGCAGCUGUGUUCCCCUCCAAGGUUCUCUGCUCACAACCGCAAGUGCGACCAGUGCGGCCACUCACCCUUGGUCCAUUUCUGCUGGUGGAACAAGUUUGUGGCGAACCCAAUAAUGAAGCAUGGGUACAGGGGCGAUGGCAGGAAACCGUGCUGCGGCUCAAGCACCGCGUGCAGCUUGGGGUAUCUCAUUGGCCUCCACUCUAUCUCCUUCUGCUUCCCCCUCCCGCUUCCCCCCAGUUCGUGGCGAACCCAAUAAUGAAGCAUGGGUACGGUGGGGAUGGCAGGAGGGCAAUGCUGCUGCUCAAGCACCGCGUGCUCGACCGCGUUCUGCUGCGCCGCACUAAGACUGAACGGGCGGCGGACCUCACUUUGCCACCCAGAACUGUGAGUGCUGAUUGCGAGCUCCCUUCGGAGUGUUCUCAAAAUUUGCACUUCCACGCUGCGCAGAGAGACCGAUUCGACGCGCGCGAGGAGGAUUUCUAUGAGGCGCUCUACACACAGAGCCAAUCACAGUUCGCCACGUCAGUCCUCACUCAACCACAGCCCAGUCUGCAUGAUAUGCUUGCAAGCUCCGUGCUGUGUGUUGCCCUGUCUGUGUCUCGACGUGUCUCACUUCCCUUCCAUCCGUGA